AUACGAUUCAGACCUUGGAAAUUGUGUUCAACAGAAGGGCAAGUGGAUCAGCUGCCGCACGGACGCGCCAUCGCUCCGCUGAAACCGGGAGGAUGUUAGGACGAAUAUCGGCGUUGCACAGUACGAGCAAGUCGAGCGUCCAGCAAGACUCUGGUGUCGACUCCGCUACGGGCCAACGAGACAAGAUGCCACCUUUGCCUGAAAAGCGCGUAGUGGUCGGCUGUGGGUCGGUGGGAAUCGAUUACCUUGCGAGUGUUGCGAAGUAUCCAAAUCCAGACGACAAAAUCCGGACCGAGGAUUUUGCGAGUCAAGGCGGUGGGAAUGCAGGAAACGCACUGACAGCAGCAGCUCGGCUGGGCUUGAAACCACACAUCUUGUCAAAGGUAGCCGAUGACUCCACAGGGAAGCUCAUUCUCGAAGAACUAGAAAAUGACGGUGUCGACACGAAGCAUGUUGUGGUCUCCGAAGGUGGGGUGUCUCCUUUCACUUACAUCAUUGUCGACAAGGAAACAAAGACAAGGACUUGCAUUCACACCCCGGGAUCUCCGGCAAUGCGGCCAGAGGAGCUCACAGACGAAGCAAUAUCAUCCGUUUUGGCUGAUGCGAGCAUUGUCUACUUUGACGUGAGGCUUUGGGAGACAGCUAUCAAGCUUGCGAAGGAGGCUGAGGCACGUGGCUUGCCGAUUCUUGUUGAUGCGGAGAAACGGCGAGACGGGUUGGACGAGCUCUUGUCGUCCGCAACGUAUAUUGUUGCUGCUGCAAAGUUUCCCCAGCAUUGGACUGGCGAGACGACGUUACCCGAUGCUCUGCUGCAGAUGAUGAUCAAACUCCCGGGUUUGCAGUUUGUCAUCGUCACCUUGGGAGCUGAUGGCUGUGUAAUGCUUCGCAGAGAAUCGGACAACAACAACAACUCAGGAGCCACUAUGCCGGGUGUACCAGAGCUUGACAUUGGGAAAACGCUGGACGAGUUGAAGGACUUAGCGCAGAAGCGAAGAGCGGAACAGUCCUCACAACCACUGCCGGUAGUUGUUUCCUCGACAGUUGGCCGGCUGAUGCCCUCCUCACCACAUUCAUCGGAAACUCAGGCAGAAAGGACCGGUGUUUUUGGCACAUUGAUCUAUGGGACUGCAGUCAUGAUGACACCAGAAGAGAUUGUAGACACGACAGGUGCUGGAGAUGCAUUUAUUGGUGCUGUUCUAUAUGCUCUGUGUGCAGGUAUGUCGGCGUCCAGCACGCUGACGCUUGCUGCCACAGUGGCUUCCGCCAAGUGUCGGGCCAUGGGAGCUCGAGCAGGACUGCCGUUUCGGGAGGACAGCAGAGUUGUAAAUCUCCUUUAUUAGCCUGUAAAGAGAGAACAAUACCUUACUACUAGUAUGAGAGUCUGAUGACGUGUGUGUGUGUGUGUGUGUGUGUGUGUGUGUGUGUGUGUGUGUGUUUUGGUCUCUUAACGGCGAUCAAGUAUGUUUUCAGUGCCACACCUUUCGCCUCCCAAACAUUCUGUGUUUCUACUGUCAAUGCCAAGACAUUAUAAUAACAUUUCUCAGGCUUUUGGCUAAGAUCAGUAUCCGCUCUGAUAGUUUAAUACCUGAUCUGUGGUCUUUCAAGAUGUACAUGUUGUGCAGUCGUUCAUGCAUAACCUCAACUGCAGUUAAGGCGGAUGAUUAUCACUGACAUUAUCAUCAGUGAGGGGACUCUGGAGACUGUAGAGGCCUCAGCCUCCUGAUGAGUCUGUUGAUGAAGCUCUGCAAGUGUCCUGAUC